GCUCCUCAGCUGACUUUGCAUGUUAAUUGUGACUCAACACGCGAGACAACCUGAGACCAAAGGGCAUGGAUGCUGUGCUGACAAACCAAGAUUUAUAAUGAGGCAGUAUUUAUUCAAAUCUGCAAUCACGGGAUGUUGUCAUUGGACGCACCUGUGCACAGCACUAGACGAGUAGGCAAUAUAUCACGAGGUGGUUUUCCUACCAAUAGCUAGAACGUGUGAUGUUUCCUCAGUGUUUAUAAACUGGGACGAGGAGGUGUGCCUGGCUCAGUGUACGGCGCAGGUCGUUGGAGGACAGACUACACUGACAGUGUUCUUGAUCGUGACACAUCGGUGAAGCAAAGGAAUUUAACCUUGUCGGGUGAAGCUGAACCAGGAGUCUCACAGACUGAUACGAUGCAGCAGGGACAGAACAACGCAGCGCCCCAGGGAGCCGCACCUCCCGGCAUCCUAUAUAGCGGGGACCCGUCUCUCAUAGGGGCCUGCCGCCAUAGCGACCUAGAUACAAUCCAGGCCCUCCUGUGUGAUCGUACGGUCAACGUGAACUGCAGAGGGUACCAAGAGAUGACACCGCUAAUGGCGGCAGCAGAGACUGGACGGUCAGAUGUCAUGAAGAUCCUUGUGAAGAAGGGAGCCAAUCCGACACUGGUGAGCGAUGCAGGUCAAAAUGUUCUUCACUUGGCCAGCAUGAAAGGAGAUGUGAAGUGUGUGAAGUUUAUCCUCUCACUGAGGCUGGUGAACAUCAAUGCCGUGACCAACGAAGGAUGGACAGCAACCGACUGGGCGAGAUACUGGAGUCGUGAAUCAGUGGAGCAAACCCUGUUGGAUCAUGGCGCUGUGCCAAGUCAGAAAUCUCCUGCUGAGAAAAAAAAAUGAAAUAAAACUUUUUGAACAUAA